UCGUAGUCCAUAAAAUCGGUCUUUUUAGUUGCCAAAAUUAGAAGUUGCAUACAAUUACAAGAGUAAAAUAGAAUUAUAAAACGGUACGUUAGGUUUAAGGUUUAUGGCCGGGUGCGGCGGCUCACGCACUUUGGGAGGCCGAGGCAGGCGGAUCGCUGGAGACCAGGAGAGCGGGACCCAGUCUCUACAAAAUAAAAAUAAAAUGUGGGGAGAGGGUGACGUUUUCCAGGUACAGAGGGGAGGUCCGGGCAGAAGCGCAGGGAGAAAGUGUGAAUAUGCUGAGCGUAUUCCGGGAGCAGCAAGUAAGCCGGUGUGACCGCAGGGAAAUGGAGGCCUGGAUGCCGGACGGUGAGGGUGACUGCGCGAGCGUCCGCCCAAGAAGUCUCCCCGCUUUCCCGCCUUUCCUCAGCCUUCGGCCCCUUUUUGCUUUCCUUUCGCACUGUGCUGGCUCCGCCCCUCCGCCGGCGCCCGUGGCCUCGCUCCUGAGGGAAACAGGCCGGGGGUGGGGCCGGCGUGGUCAUCUCCGUGCGCCUUCCCUCAGGGCGCCGAGCCGCUGGCGCCGUCUGUCUGACGUCACGGUCACUGACAGCGUGAGCCCGCGGCGGCUGCUGCCAUGGUGGCUGGCGGCCGGGUGCAGCAUGUCUAGACUGGGAGCCCUGGGUGGUGCCCGUGCCGGGCUGGGACUGUUGCUGGGUACCGCCGCCGGCCUUGGAUUCCUGUGCCUCCUUUACAGCCAGCGAUGGAAACGGACCCAGCGCCAUGGCCGCAGCCAGAGCCUGCCCAACUCCCUGGACUAUACGCAGACUUCAGAGACCGGACGCCAGGUGAUGCUCUUGCGGGCUGUCUCAGGUGGGGCUGGAGAUGCCGCAGUACUGCCCAGCCUUCCACGGGAAGGACAGGAGAAGGUGCUGGACCGCCUCGACUUUGUGUUGACCAGCCUUGUGGCACUGCGGCGAGAGGUGGAGGAGCUGAGGAGCAGCCUGCGAGGACUUGCCGGAGAGAUUGUUGGGGAGGUCCGAUCCCACAUGGAAGAGAACCAGAGAGUGGCUCGGCGGCGAAGGUUUCCGUUUGUCCGGGAGAGGAGUGACUCCACUGGCUCCAGCUCUGUCUACUUCACGGCCUCCUCGGGAGCCACAUUCACAGAUGCUGAGAGUGAAGGGGGUUAUACAACAGCCAAUGCGGAGUCUGACAAUGAGCGGGACUCUGACAAAGAAAGUGAGGACGGGGAAGAUGAAGUGAGCUGCGAGACUGUGAAGAUGGGAAGAAAGGAUUCUCUGGACCUGGAGGAGGAGGCAGCUUCGGGUGUUGUGCCCAGUGCCCUGGAGGCUGGAGGUUCCCCAGGCUUGGAGGAUGUGCUGCCUCUCCUGCAGCAGGCUGACGAGCUGCACAGGGGUGAUGAGCAAGGCAAGCGGGAGGGCUUCCAGCUGCUGCUCAACAACAAGCUGGCGUAUGGAAGCCGGCAGGACUUUCUCUGGCGCCUGGCCCGAGCCUACAGUGACAUGUGUGAGCUCACUGAGGAGGUGAGCGAGAAGAAGUCAUAUGCCCUAGAUGGAAAAGAAGAAGCAGAGGCUGCUCUGGAGAAGGGGGAUGAGAGUGCUGACUGUCACCUGUGGUAUGCGGUGCUUUGUGGUCAGCUGGCUGAGCAUGAGAGCAUCCAGAGGCGCAUCCAGAGUGGCUUUAGCUUCAAGGAGCAUGUGGACAAAGCCAUUGCUCUCCAGCCAGAAAACCCCAUGGCUCACUUUCUUCUUGGCAGGUGGUGCUAUCAGGUCUCUCAUCUGAGCUGGCUAGAAAAAAAAACUGCUACAGCCUUGCUUGAAAGCCCUCUCAGUGCCACUGUGGAAGAUGCCCUCCAGAGCUUCUUAAAGGCUGAAGAACUACAGCCAGGAUUUUCCAAAGCAGGAAGGGUAUAUAUUUCCAAGUGCUAUAGAGAACUAGGGAAAAACUCUGAAGCUAGGUGGUGGAUGAAGUUAGCCCUGGAGCUGCCAGAUGUCACAAAGGAGGAUUUGGCUCUCCAGAAGGACCUGGAAGAACUGGAAGUCACUUUAGGAGACUAACCACAUUUCACUGGCCUUCAUGACUUGAUGCUACUAUUUAAGAGUUGGGGGAAAAAGGCUUUUUUCCUUAGACCUUGCUGAGAUCAGGAAACCACACAAAUCUGACUCCUGGGUCUGACUGCUACCCAGUACCAUUCCCCAUUAGUUAAUUUAUUCUAACCUCUAACCUAAUCUAGAAUUGGGGCAGUACUCGUGGCUUGGGUUUCUGUUAUUCUCCCCCUUGAGUAAUCUCUUGAAAAAAAUCAAGAUUCACACCGGCCCCAGGAUUACACAUGGGUAGAGCCUGCUGGUGACGUGGAUGAACUUCAAAGCUAUAGGAACAAAGCACAGAACUUGUCACUUUAAUCUUUUUCACUGACUAAUAGGCCUCAAUACAUAUAGUCCUAAGAUCAUAACUUACCUACCAAGGUAAAAGGGAUCAGAGUAGCCCAUAGGCAUUGCUUUCUUAUCACCUAUCAUGUGAAUUCUACCUGUAUUCCUGGGCUGGACCACUUGAUGACUUCCAGAGUCCUGUCAGCUUUUGGAAUGACAGCAGUGGUAUAGGGUUUAUGAUGCUAUAAAACAAUGUCUGAAAAGUUGCCUAGAAUAUAUUUUGUUACAGACUUGAAAUAAACCAAAUUUGAUGUUA